GUGACACUCCGACACGUGUCUCAGAAUGGUAUAAAAAGCAGACCAAACGCUUUGCUCAUCACUGCAUUAGUUUACUUUACCUGAACAGGUGUGCCUGAUACUCAUCUACAACAGAUUCCCCAGAGGAAGAAGAAUUUACACAAAUCAACAUGAAGGUUCUCAUACUGGCUGCUCUUCUCUGUAUGUACUCUGCUGUGACCCAUGCUGCGACCCAUGCUGUGACCGAUCCUGCACCUGUCUCUAAGUCGACGGAGGAGGCGGCCUCUAUGGUGGAGGGUCCUCUGCCAGAAGUUGAAAUGUUUGCCGGUCAGUGUCCUUCUGGCUGGUUCAAAAAAGGUUCCCGCUGCUUUUUGAUGGUGACCUCCAAGAAGAACUGGAGCAAUGCUGCGAAGCAUUGUGUGGGGCAGCAAGGCAGUCUGGCCUCUGUGCAGUCUUCUGAUGAAUACAACUUCCUGCAGACUAUGGUUACACUUUCAGGCCAAUCAAGCGCUUGGAUCGGAGGUUUCCAUUUCCAGGGUGCCUGGCGGUGGAUUGACAGCGCUGGCUUCUAUUACACUAACUGGCAGACACAGAUACAGCUUGUCUCAAGUAUCUUGUUGCAGCUGAAUUCCAAUAGGCUUUGGUCGGAGGGGCAGCAGCUCUCUGUGGAGCUUGGAGGAGACGCAGGCGAGGGAAGCGCGCUGGAGCGCUGGUUAAACUGCGAGAGCGGGGGUUCCAAACAACGCUUCCAUCAUUACAUCUGGCGAAUGUCCGCUCUGCCCAACAAAAUGGAUGAACUGCUGCUCUUAAACAGAUUAAUAAGGAUUUUUCAGGAUCUGCUGCCCUGUGUUUUACUGAAACCUGGCUUGGUGAGUCCACCCCUGACAGCAUUCUACACCUGCCGGGCUUCCAACUCCACCGUGCAGACCGUGUAA